AUGCCCCCGUCCCUGCCUACUCACCAUCACAGCUCACAUCUCCUACCCCUGCCCCCUGUCCCCGCUCUCACAAUAUCUUCACUCAUCACAGCAGUCACACUCCUACCCCUGCCCCUGUCCCUGCCUACUACCAUCACAGUCACACUCCUACUCCCAUCUGCCCCCUGUCCCUGCCCUACCACUCAUCACAGUCACACUCCUACCCCUGCCCCUGUCCCUGCUCUUACUACCAUCACAGUCAGGCUUCCUACCUCUGCCCCCCUUGUCCCCGCUCUACCACCAUCACAGUCACACUCCUACCCCCUGCCCCUGUCCCUGCCUUACCACCAUCACAGUCACACUCCUACCUAUGCCCCCGUCCCCUGCUCUACCACCAUCACAGUCACGCUCCCACCCCUGCCCCUGUCCCGCCUCAACACCAUCACAGUCACAUCCUCACACCCUGCCCCUGUCCCUGCCCUACUACCAUCAGCCACAGUCACACCCUACCCCCUGCCCCCUGUCCCUGCCUACCACCAUCACAGUCACACUCCUACCCAUGCCCCCUGUCCCUCACCACCUGCUCACACACCAACCCUGCCCCUGUCCCCUGCCCUAACACCAUCACAGUCACACUCCUACCCCUGCUCCCCUGUCCCUGCUCUACCACCAUCACAGUCACACUCUACCCCUGCCCCCUGUCCCUGCUCUUACUACCAUCACAGUCACACUCCUACCCCUGCCCCUGUCCCUGCCUAA